CAAAAGGUGCAAAAGAAGGCUGUGGAAGAGUUACUUAAAGAGGCAAAACGUGGGAGAACCAGAGCUGAAACAAUGGGAGCUAUGGGUUGGUUGAAAUGUCCUCUUGCUGGUACAAAUAAAAGAUUUCUCAUUAAUACCAUCAAAAACACCUUACCAUCUCAAAAAGAGCAAGACCAAGAACAUGAGCAAAAGGAAGACAGUGAGGAGCCUGAGCCAAACAAAAGCAGGAAAGAAGAAAAACCAAAGAAACGCAGAAUUCAGCCGUAUACACCCAGCUUCCAGUCCAGAAGGAGAGUCAGCUACUCUCCUCCGAGGCACCGAAACAGGAACCAGCACACAAAGGAUAAGCAUGAAAAGCAAUCAAGCAAACGAUGAGGAGAGGAGAGUGACAGGAUAUGUGUUACUACAAGCCAGGAAUGUCAUUAACUGUCGGACUGCAGCGAUGUCUCUGUUUUUCAGGAAAAGAUGCUGUUCAAAGCUGAGUUUUGAACCAACUUGCUUGUGUGAGAAGUAACCUUGAGGUAGCUUUAGAAGACUUUUCUUUGGGACCUUUAAGAGAGCAGCAAAGUGCAGCGUAAGGUCUUUCAGUCGUUUUAGAAUGGACAUUCCUUUCCCUUUGCUCCAUUCCUCUCUCCCCUUCUGACUAAGCUUAGGGUCUUGGUGAUGGAGCGUGAUACGUGUGUCACUGUCUGAUACAACUCGUUUAGUCGUGUCACUCUUUUGGAAAUAAGUUUAAAUUAAGCAGAAAUCUAUUUAUUGUGUAAAGUUGGCAGAGCUUCUUUGCUGCUAACCAAUAAAGAAGUUUUGCGUGUUGGGGUUAGUUUAGUUUUACACAAUCUAGAAGAAGGGGAAGCUGCUCAGUGCCUGGCCAAGCACAUUAAUUUUGUAUAGAAUAUAAGAGUUUACUUUCUUUAGUUUAAAAAGAACAAAUUUAAAAUGGGCAACACUGUUUUUGCUUUCCAGGAGGAACUACCAGGAAAUACUGAUUUUCCUUGUUAUUGUGUAUUCACAAACCUGUCAUAGAUAAUAACAAACAUUACCCCUAAAAAGCCAUAACUGCAAUAACUGUCUCUGUUUAGACUUCCCUCUGUAAGGAAGUAGUUUGAACAGUCUGUUGUCAUGGUGCUUUCAGAACAAACCUUGAAGACAAAAUUAUCACGUUCUCUGUCCACUGCUAGGAAGUUUCCAAGUAAAUGUGUAAUACUAGAAAUGCAGAGG